AUGCUUCAACGUCCGGCGGCGCGGGCGCUGGUGUCGCAGAUCCUCCCCACGAACCCUUUGGGCUUCGAUGCCGGCCCCACUCUGUCCCAGCGGCGCGGCACUCUCUACGACUUUGUGCUCACGCAAAAAAAAGCCCACCCUGAAAAAGUGAUCUUGACCCGGGUGGGUGAAUUCUACGAGACCUACGGCGUGGAUGCUAUCAUGCUGGUCGAAUACGCAGGGCUCAACCCCAUGGGGAACAAGGCCAAGGCGGGCUGCCCCGUCAAGAACGUGCAGGCGACCCUCGAUGGCCUCACGUCCGCGGGCCUCACUGUCGCUGUGAUAGAGGAAAUAAGCGAUUUGGAUUCCGCUUCCCCCCGAACCAGCAAGCUCAAAAGUCGCCUGCUCUCCCAAAUCGUCUCCCCGGGCGCUUCAACUUACCUGUAUGACUGCUGUCUACGACCCGACGACGUCGAAUACCCCGAGAACCGGCCUUUUCUGGGUUUAUUGAACCUGCCCAGCAACGGUUACACCCUGGUGGAAGUGCACGUGGACGCACAGACGGCGCGUAUCACUGAGGGCCUGACGGAGGAAGGGGUCAAAAUGAUGCUGCUGGCGGGGGGAAUGGCGGAACCCCUCUACACCCAGGCCGUGAACAGGGGCCUUCUGCGCGUCCUGCUUCCCGGGGGCGGGGAAGUGGAACGGCGAGAGCUCUUCGGACAUGUUGAUUCUCGCUCCUUCUACCAGGCCCUCGUUCAGGCCCUCGGUCGGGACCUGGAAAUCGAGGCACUGGCGGAUCAGGUCCACGUCCGCGUGGCCCCGCCCUUGCAUUCCCGCCCUCGGCCGAUCCCCCUCGCCACGGCCUUGCAGAUCGGCUUGGUGGCCAAUCCGGCCGUCCCGGACCUGGUUCCCCACCUCCUCCCCGCCCACGCCCUGCCCCUCCUCCGUGUCCACUCCUCCCGUUUCCUCCGCCGCUGGCUUCUCACACCACCUCCCUACCACCUGGCCGACGCCAUGCAAGCCCUCUGCCGGCACCUCGCCCGGCCCCCUCCCUCUAGCCCGGCCUCCCCCACGUCUUCUACCCCUUCUUCCACACCCGUCGUAGGCGCGGCUCCACCCCUCUGCAAACCCGUCGGCGUCGGGAAGAUGGUCGCGAUGUUGAGCAUGGGCCAGGGAAACGUCCCCCUCUUCCGCGAUUUGGCCGGGUGUUUGCAGGGUCUAUUGGUGGUGUUGGGGGAAGGCGGGAAGGAGGAAGGGGGCACUUCCGUCUUUCGGGAGGUACUGCCAAGUUUGCGGGCCAUUGUGGCGUAUGAGAGUGGGAUGGAAGUUGCGGAAGAGGAGUUGCGCGUGCGGGGAAAGGCAGCCCUGGCGGCGAUUGAAGAUGUGGUCAUUCCGGCCACGGUGGAGGAUUUGCCCUCCCUCCCGUCCUCCUUCGCGUCCUCUACCUCGACCUUGUCUUCGUCGCCUUUGCCUAUGACUGCGUUGCAAGGAGCGACUGACGGACACGACGUCGACGCAAAUCGUGGGGAGACGCUCGAGCCAUCCAUUAAAUCAACGGUCGCGACCGUGCCCGCUGUUUUUUUCGAGCGGAACGAAGAAACCUUCCGCAAUACCGUCCGGCCCACCCACCCCUUGGUUCUCGAGCCAUUUGCUCGGGUGAAAGAAUCAGCUGCUGCCUUGUGUCGGGCGGUCGCCCAAGACUUCGACCCGGGCGCCGACGUGACAGUGGACCCUCUGAACAAUGCCGUGAUGAUGAAAAAAAUACCCGCUCCCUCCUUCCGCUCUCCCCUUUCUCCUCGCGGCCCCUCGCCCACCGCCACCUCAACCGAGACCAGCACUGGCUAUAUCCACCCCACGGACCGGCACCGAAAACCGUUAUCGAGCCGUUACACAACCGUUCGAGUCGAAACCGCCCUGAACGACUACCUGCAGGCCUGCGGACAGGCGACAGUGGCGGUGCGACGAGCCCUCCAGUCCCUUUCCUCCACCCUUCGGUCCGAUCUGCCCACUUUGAUCACAGCCACCCAUAUGGCUGUAGUCCUUCAAGCCGCGGCCGCCCACGUGGCAGCCGCGAAGCAAAAGGGAUGGACGCUGCCCACAUUGCUCUCCUUUUCGGACAGCGACUGCGAUGGGAAAGAAGGCGACCGAGGGCUUUCUCCCUCCACCCCUGCCGUCACCCCGGCCUCUCAUCCCUUGGGCCCGCCCUCCCGCCCGUCCUGGCGCAUGAGGCUUCCCAACCUCACGCCCUACUGGCUGAGUCGAAACAGUGGGGGUGUGAGCAGUAGCGUCGACUUGGAUGGCCUAUUCCUGUUGACAGCGCCGAACAUGAGCGGAAAGAGCACCCUGAUGCGUUCUAUCGCCGUGGCUGCUCUCUUGGGGAAUGCCGGCCUUUUCGUUCCCUGUAUGACCGGCAAGGAAGGGUUCGAGGACGUGAGGGAGGGCGGGGGGCAGGGCGGGUUGUGUGGAAAACGAAGGAAGUUUCAAGAAGGCGGGCCGGGUGCGGGAAGGAAGAGCGUUGUGAUUCCACGCUUCGACCAUCUCUUCUUGCGCACGGCCAGCUACGACGUUCCUUCGGAAGGAAAGUCGGCGUUUGCCUUGGAAAUGGAUGACGUGCGCGUUUUGUUGCGGGACAGCACGUCUCGGUCGCUGGUCUUCCUGGACGAGUUGGGGAAAGGUACCUCGGCGAGGGAGGGAGCCGCCUUGUCCGGAGCCUUGAUCGAAGCGUUGGACGCUGUGCCAGUGACAGGGAUAUUUGCUACCCAUUUGCACGAAAUCUUCGACCUGCCGUUGCAGACCAGUGAUCGCGUCCGCUGGAAGAGGAUGGGGUUCGAGGAAGACGUGGUGGAGGGCGGGGAGGAGGGGCCGCAGGAGAGGCGCGUGAGGUGGACGUACCAGCUGGAAGAUGGUCGGUGCUUGGACUCCAUGGCCUGGUACACCGCUCGAAAAUUUGGGAUUCCGGAGACGAUCCUGGCCAGAGCCCAGGUCCUGGGGAAGGAAUUCGACGCAUCCGCCCGCCAACGGCUCGCCCAACACCGGGCCACGCACAAAAAGAAGUCUCGAAUACCGGAGUCCGACUUGGAGGCGUUGUUCGUUCCUGUGGCUUCCAAGACAGAGGCUCGGAACCUGGAGGCCCUCGUCAUCAAUGCCUUGGCCAGGCGGGGGUUCCCCCUGUCGUCGGAGGCAGAUGGACGGAGGGCGGUGGGGAAGUGA